GCGCACUUCAGUGCUCAAACCAACUACUGCUAUGUCCGGAACUACAGAAAUCAUCUGAUAAUCUGAUCACCCGACUUGGUUCGUGACCAGUUCGCGUGGGUCUGUGUUGGGGUGAGGGUUGAUUUUUCGUCAACAAGGCACUUUUUGACUCGAGAGACAGAAACGACACGAAAAGUUUUUUCCCUCCUCACACGUUCUUCUCACUGGCACGACGAAAAAAAAAAAAUAUGAUACCGAAUUGCAUCAGGAGCGUGGCCGCGCAGUCGUCCCGGCGAAACGUGGCCUCAUUUUUCUUGAGCAAGAAAAACAAUUAUGCCACCGAGGCUUCCUUCGAGACCAAACCUUUCCGUCUACACAAAUUGGAUAGCGGACCGUCAACUCAAGUUACGGUGACUCGAGACGAUGCCAUCAACCUGUUCAAAGAGUUACACACGAUACGACGUAUGGAAACAGCUGCUGGCAAUUUGUAUAAAGAAAAAAUUAUUCGCGGUUUUUGUCACUUAUAUUCUGGACAAGAAGCUUGCGCGGUUGGCAUGAAAGCCGCAAUGAGAUCUCAGGAUUCUGUGAUCACAGCUUACCGCGCACACGGAUGGACUUAUCUGAUGGGCAUAGAACCGCUUGGUGUUCUUUCAGAGCUCACGGGCAGACAAGGCGGCAAUGCCAGAGGCAAAGGUGGCUCGAUGCACAUGUACUCCAAGAAUUUUUACGGAGGAAACGGUAUCGUUGGCGCUCAGGUACCGCUGGGAGUCGGAAUCGCCUUUGCACAGAAAUAUCUGAAUACUGGCGGUGUCUGUUUAACGUUGUACGGUGACGGCGCCGCUAAUCAGGGACAGGUGUUCGAGGUUUAUAACAUGGCGAAGCUGUGGGACGUGCCCUGCAUCUUCGUUUGCGAGAACAACGGAUACGGGAUGGGUACCAGUGUGGACCGUGCCGCGGCUAGCACGGAAUAUUACACCAGAGGCGAUUAUGUUCCCGGAAUACGGGUAGACGGAAUGGAUGUGUUGGCUGUGAGAGAAGCCACGAAAUUUGCGAUAGAUCAUUGCACAACCGGUAAGGGACCGAUCGUCAUGGAGACCGUGACGUACAGAUACAGCGGUCACAGUAUGUCGGAUCCCGGAACGAGCUAUCGUACGCGAGAGGAAGUUCAGGAAGUUCGGCAAACUCGAGAUCCUCUGACCAGCUUCAAAGAAAGAAUUCUGAACGCCAAUCUCGUUACCGCAGACGAAAUCAAGACAAUAGAAGGUGAAAUCAGAAAAACUGUAGAUGAUGCCGUGAAGGCCGCUAAAGCUGACAAGGAAAUUCCAAUGGCCGAACUCACUGCCGACAUUUACUCGAUGUGCUUAGAGAAAGAAAUUCGAAACACAACUCCCUUCAAUCCUCUACCGCAUAUCAGAAUAGGACCGGCUGUCAACGCUUAAAGUUGCUCAAAAACUCAUUUUUUAAAGCAUUGUAUAUUUUACAGCCACGUAUAUCAAUCUUUAAUGUUUAUAGACUAGUAUAGUAUACUGGUUGUAUAAACAUAUAUAUAUAUAUAUAUAUAUAUAUAUAUAUAUAGCAUAUAUAUGUAUAUAUACAAUAGAAUCACAUUACUUUUGACAAUCCGGGCAAUAUUGCAUAUUCACGCUUCACACAUUUUUUUUUUCUUGAUUCAAGAAUGUACAUACCUGUAAUUACUUCGUUAACUAGUUAAUUUAUGAGAAAUUAAUUCAAAUGCAAUUCCUAGCGGAUUGAUGUAUAAAAAACAAAAAAGAAAUAUCUAUGCUUUCACAUAAAUGAAAACGAAGCUAAAUUUAUUUAUUAUUUUGGUUUAUUUUUCAUAGACCACCAAAUUGCCUAAAGAAGACCUCCCGUUACAAUACGAUGUUAAAGAUCUGAAACGUUUGUUAAUGUAAUUGUAAAGCAAUAAAAUUUUAAAAAGCAAAUUUAUGGACA